AUGAAAAGACGCCGGUCGGCCUCAAAGGGGAGAGCAGCAGCGAAGAAAACGCUGGAAGCGAACUUUGCCUCUGUUUGUCUGCAUGAAGCAACGGCGAAUAUUGCUGCUCCGCCGGCGGAAGAAUCCCAAAGCCGAGGGAAGUCCGUCGCGGUCAUCCAGACCUCCCUAGCAACUGUCCCACCAUAUCACUACAAGCUUCUACCGCAUCUCGAAACUCGUCCAUCGAGCGGCCCAAUAGAGCGCUUGUGUACGCACAAGUCGUGCCGCAGCUCCUCCUCCUCCAUCAAAUAUGUUAUCUCAAUACUGACUCUCGAACGCCUUCGUUACUACCCCGAUCCCGACUCGAAACAGCUUGGGCCGACUUGUGCACCUGCUCAUCAUUGCACGGAAGCAUCAUUCCACGGGGCGUGGUCCUUCCGCCACGACCACGCCACCGACCUCCUCCAACACCAACUCUAUCGGCGUUCCUCUGACGACUGGACCAGUACAGCUGCCGCCCAUACCUACACCUUGCAUCUCUUUGGCGACUACGCAGAAUGUGCUACCUGCGCCAACUUUCAGCGCCGUCGGUCCGUCCUUGCCGGAUGCACUGAGUGUGAGUCCGGCUACUGCCUCUGUUAA